AGUUUCAUUCCAUGAAAAGUUACUUGAAAUCAGACAAAAAUCUCUCCUUCCAAACCAUCCGAAUUUGGUUACCAGCUAUAACAACAUCGGGUCGGUGUAUGACAAGAUGGGAGAGUACACGAAAGCACUUUCAUUCGUUGAAAAGUCACUUGACAUCUUAAAAAAUCAAUAAAUUUUCAUAAUAGCCACAAAACUAGAUGAAAAACACAAAAAAAAAAAUGUAAAAGAUCAUUAUUUUAACACGGCGCACGAACUUUUUCGUCACCCUAAUAUCACAACAGAGUACUCGUAAGCACUUUCAUUCCAUGAAAAGUCCUUUGAAAUCUAUCAGAAAUCUCUCCGUCCAAAUCAUCCGGAGUUGGUUACCAGCUAUAACAACUUUGGGUCGGUGUAUGAGAAGAUGGGAGAGUAAUUAGAGAAAUUUUAACAACAAUUGAAUCAUUUUUAAAACGGCCUUCUACUGAACUUUUAUCAGCAACAAAACAAAAUGUUACAAAAAGCAAGCAGUACUUUUAAAGCUGGACUUUCAGCGAAUCUAAUGACGUGCAAAUGACGGCCUCAACCCUGAACACAAAAAACUAGAUAGGUUUGUAAAAUUGCAUGCCGGCACUUUAGAGGGCUAGUUUGGGACAUCCAUGCUGGACAGGCUUUUAACUUCGAAAUUGAUCGAACACCAUUUUUAUGUUCGGUUUUUAAUGGUGAAUCCGAAAGCUGCAAAACAAUGGAAAGCCGAGAUCUUAAAAGAUUUUUCGAGUUUUACGUCCUUCAAGCUUUUUAAACUUUUUACCAUGAAAAAGAUUAUUUCAAAAAUUAAAAGGUGCAUUUCUUAACGAGCUCAAUGCACUCUGUCCAACGAUGUAUAAAUGAAAAGAAAAAAACUAGUGAUACAAAGUCGUAUUACAGGCACCUAACAUUCAGAACGAUAGAAUCAGAUGACAAAUCUAUCUAUUUCUGAAACUCUACAUCUUAUAGUCAUUUCUUGACAGAUGAAAUCUCUUAUUCAAGAACACUUAAAUUAUUUACUGGAUAGUGAAAUAACAAGUGAUGUUGUAUUACAACAAUUUAUUGAUUUAAAUAAUGAACAAAAUGAAAUAUUUCAGGUUAAACAUAUUAAUAUAUUUGAGGACGUUAUUAAUGAAAAAUUAAAAGAAUUAACACAACAUGAAAUCGUCAUUAGUAAUGCCAAUACUAAUUAUAAACAUAUUACGAAUUUAACAGAAAAUGUAGAGUAUUAUUAUUAA